AUGCUGCUGGAGCCGCGACAUGUCCAAAACCACUCCGAGGCCAGCGACACGCAGGCGCAUUGGGGGUAUCCCGAUCGCGUGGUCCCCUGCAAGAACGACGCCGGGUCGUGCGCCUACCUCGACGUCGUCUACCGCGCCCACGACCUGGGCAUGCUGUACAUGGGCAUUCUGUGGGCGACCAUCUUCGGCGUCGUCUUCGUCUGGGCGCUGCUUCGGAGGGCCGGCGCUCCCCGUCGCGGCGCCCUCGGCAGGAUGACGACGACCGUGUCUGCUGCCUCCCGGCGCCUCCUCCUGCGCGAGGCAAGCCGUCGCCUGUUCGGCCGCACCACGCGCCUCCAGGUGGUCGUGCUGGCGCUUCUCUCGGGAUACCUCGCGGUAUGGAGCUUCCUGGGCAUCUCGUAUCGCACAUGGGUCACGCCGGUCAAGAACAUGCCGGGCGUGUACAACACGCGGACGGGCCUCGGGCCUUGGUCGGAUCGCGUCGGCGUCGUCGCCUACGCCCUCACGCCGCUGUCCGUGCUGCUCAGCAGCAGGGAGUCCCUGCUCUCCGUCCUGACCGGCGUGCCGUACCAGAGCUUCAACUUCCUGCACCGGUGGCUGGGCUACAUCAUCCUCCUCCAGUCCCUCCUCCACACCGUCGGCUGGCUCGUCAUCCAGCUGAAGCUGUACCAGCCCCAGCCCAGCGUCAGCCUCGCCUGGAUCGUGGAGCCGUACAUCAUCUGGGGCCUCGCGGCCAUGAUCCUCCUCCUCAUCAUGUCCGUCCUGUGCACGCCGUGGGCGAUCCGGACGACGGGCUACGAAUUCUUCCGCAAGACGCACUACGUCCUGGCCAUGGUGUACGUUGGCGCCUGCUGGGCACACUGGAGCCGGCUCGAGUGCUUCCUCGUCCCGGCCCUCGUCCUCUGGGGCGUCGACCGAGGCGCGAGGUUCGUGAGGACCGGGCUGCUGCACCACCGCCCCCGUUCUCCGUCGGCGUUGGCGGGCUUCAAGCCCGCCCAGGCCACCAUCACGCGGUUCCCCGACGCGGAGCACGGCGACGUCCUCAGGCUGGACCUGGAAAACGCCCAGGACCCGUGGAGCAUCGGCCAGCACUACUUCCUGUGCUUCGUCGAGUCGAGCAUCUGGCAGUCUCACCCGUUCACGCCGCUCAACGCGCCCGUCGUCCAGGAAGACGGCCUCGUCAAGCACUCGUACGUCCUGAGGGCAAAGUCGGGCGAGACCAGGAAACUAGCCGAGCUGGCGGCCAGCAAGUCUGCCGCCGCCCCAACCGACGCCGUCGUCACCACGCCCGUCCUCCUCACCGGCGGCUACGGGCAGGACCUCGUCGGCAAGGUCGACCGCAACACAAACGUCGUCUGCGUCGCGGGCGGCACGGGCAUCGUCUACGUCCUCUCCACCCUCCUGCAUCUGGCGCGGCACAGACGGCCGUCGGAUCGCAAAAUCGAGCUCAUCUGGGCCAUGCGACACGCCCGCGACGCGGAUUGGGUCAGGGACGAAUUGGCCGUCCUGCGCGACGCACAAAAGGACUUGAACCUGACAAUCUCGCUCUUCGCCACACGGGACGCUGCUGGCAGCGUAGACGCCGACGUGGCCUCGUCCUCGUCAGAAGAGACGUGCCCGCGUGGUGAAAAGACGGUUUGCGCCCCGGGCGUAUCCGGCGACGGUUCCGACGAUCAAAGUCGACGACGUCCGGAUCUGGGCACGCUGCUUGGUGCGUUUGUGGAGGGGACCAUCGCGGGCAGGACGGUCGUGUUUGCGAGCGGGCCGGGAGGCAUCAUCACCGACUUGAGAAGCAUAGUUGCCGGCUUGAAUGUCCCCGGCAGAGUAUGGAGGAGGCAAGACAAGUUUGACGUCGAGCUGGUCUGCGACGACAGACUAGAGUGGUAG